AUGGCUUCCCUGAAUGAAUACCACGCUCUUGGAUCCCUUCCCAAAGACUGGGCAGUCAGGGCUGUUCAGUUUACCCGGAAAGUUUAUACCUCCGUUUAUCCAGCCAUCGAUCCUGGCAAUCCAGAAAACUCGCUACAAGGAAAGACAGUAGUCUUGACAGGCGCUAGCAGAGGUAUAGGAGCCCAUGCCAUUGCACCAGCCUUUGUCAAAGCCGGUGUCAGGGCUAUAGUGCUCAUCGCUACGAACUUGAGCAAACUAGCCCAAGUUGAGGAAGACCUGAAAGCCAUCAAUCCUGAUGUUCAAGUCCUUUGCUUGCCUGUGGAUAUCGCAUCUGCAGAACAGGUCACCAGCGCGUGGGCUGGGAUUGGUGCCAAGUAUACCAAGGUUGAUAUCCUCAUCAACAACGCAGGUAUCGAGGUCGGAGAUAGUAACAAGACUCACGAGCAAGACCCGGAUAAGUUUUUCAGAAAUUAUGAAGUCAAUGUCAAAGGCACCCACAUGAUGACCCAGCAAUACCUCAAAGCUGCAGUUCGAUGGGCCUCUACAGCUACUCCAGCUACAGUAAUCAAUAUAUCUAGCGGAGCUGCCUGGGGCACCUGGCCCGAGUUGCCUGGAUAUACUGGGAGCAAGUUGGCCAUGAUACAGGACACCAAGACUGUUGCCGCCUCUUAUCCAGGCACUGUUUUCACAAUCGCGAUCAACCCCGGCAUGAACGACACUGACAUAGUCCCGGCGGGCCUGAGGGCGGCCGGUCUCAAUUGGAACGACUUCUCGCUGACGGGUGGAAAUUUGGUGUGGUUGGCUGCGGACCCGGCCAGGAGUAUGUUUUUGAAUGGGAGGAUGAUUAGCGUCGAGUGGGACGUUGACGAGCUGGUCGCUCGAGCAGAGGAAAUUAUUAGUAAGGAUCUGUUGACCAUGCGGUUCAACGCUACCUUCGGACCCGAGCAGUUUGAGAACUGA